UCAGAUGAGUUCGUCUCAGUUAAUAUUCAAUUCUUUAACAUUUAUUCUCCAAAACUCACCACGUUUAUUGCAGCUAAGCUAUCUCUCUCAUCAGAUUGAUCAGACAGCCCUACACAUAAACCUGCUGUCAUUGCUCCGGUUUGAAAAGUUUCCCCAGGGUUCAGUUACUGUGGUGUUUAUCGUCAUUAUGGCUCGAGGAAGAUCAGCGGUCAGCAUCCUCUCUGACAGCAUUGACAUGGACUUUGAUGGAAUUGCCGAGGCAGAGAUAGGAAAGCUUCAGCGACAGUUUCGUAUCACAGAAGGAGAUCGACAGGCCUACAGCAUCCAGUCACAAGAAAUUAUCCGCAAACAGCGGCAGGAGAUUUCCAAGCUGCGUGAGGAGCAGGAGGAGUUGUUGAAAUCUCUGCGUGUUGUGGAGUGCCAGACGCGUAAACAGAGCGACAGUCAGGACACCCAGAGUCUGCGAUCGCUCCUGGACCAGCGAGACGGUCUAGAUGAGCAACUGGAGAUAGAGAGACAGACCCUAGCAGAGCUGGAACAAGAGAUCCUGAGUGUGGAGAAAAAGUUGGUGGAGCUCAGGAGAGGAGCGAUCACAGCUUCUCACAGCCAUAAGUCUCAGACCCCUCACACUCAGAAAGCCACACGCACACUGGAAAAUAAACUGGACCGGGCUCUUGUUCAUUUUAACGAACAGCUGACUAAGAACAGCCAGAUCAGAGAUGAAAUUGAGACACUUCGCAUGGAGCGCGUGCAAUUCCAGCAGCUACGUCGCAAGCUGGAGAAGAUGCUGCAGGAUAUUCGCAAGGAUAUUGGUGAAGUUAUCAACAUGUCAACCUCAGCUUAUGAUGCAAGAGUGGAGGCUCAGACUAAAAUGAGCAUGAUGAAGGAAAAAGCAGUGAAGGAUCUUACUCAGUACACAGCUGAAAUGAAGGAGCUGGAGAGAGUCCUCGCCAAUGAACGCAGACUCAAAGAGUUCAUGACCACCAAGAGUAAUGAGAGAAGCAUCCAAGAAGAUGAAAUGAAUCGCAGACAUGAGAUGGAGGAGCAAAGGAAGGCAGAUCCUGGUUUGGAGACUAUGGACACUUUGGAGGAGGUGUUUCAACGAAUCCAGAAAGUGACUGGAGAAGAUGAUUUAGAGACGUUGGUUACAAAGUUCAUUCAGGCUGAGGACAGAAAUUUUGCUCUCUUCAACUAUGUGAAUGAACAGAAUUCUGAAGCUGAGAAACUGAGAGAAGAUAUCCAUCAGAUUGGAGAAGAGAUGAAGCAGUUUCAUAUGGAAGGUCUUCAGCAGGAACAGAAACAUCAGGAGGAUUUGAAACAUGUUAAGAAUCUACAGAAAGAGUGUGAAAAACAAGCUCAACAGUAUAAAGCCCAGGCUGAUGACAUUAGCAAGAUCCUUGACCAGAUAAAAACAGGGAUGGACAGUUUGUUUGAUAAGCUUGAAUGUGACCGAGUGCUGGAGGAUGACCUGGGCUCUACGUCUGGCAUCAGAGACAGUGACAUCAUGAAAUAUCUGAGCCUGGUGGAACCGAGAACCACUGAACUGCUCACCAUUCAUGCUUUCAUCAACUCCAAGGACCAGGAGAAGAGUUACGACCCGAAAGAUUUGACUCAGUUCCUGCUGGGUCAGACCCCAGACAUCCAGAGACAGACAGCUAUGAUUCAGCCUCUAGUUUCCAGGGAUGAUGAUGAAGCUGAGGAUUCUCCAGUCACAGAUGAGGAAGAUCGACCUUUGAGCGAAGCAGAACUCCGUCGGCACAUUAGGCAAGGUGUCUUCAGUGAUCUCCUUACAGGAGGGGCAGAGAUGUGAAAACCCCAAAAAGCAGCACCAUGUCCAGUAGCAGACAGCACUCACUGGAUGCUCAAGAUAUGCUCUUUCCUUCUAAUAUAAAGAGAUAAUAAGUUGUAUAUGAUAUUUAAAAAAGUGCAAUAUGAUUUUCAGCUCAACGCAAAUAUCUUGUUUUAUUCUUUACCUAGUUUUUCUACCUCAAUCUUUCAUCAAUUCUUGUUUUGAAAGUCCUAACGUUCAUUAAAUACAGAUGUUAUAUCCACAACAAACAGAAGGGGGCAGCAUGUAUCUAUGUUAGCAACUGCAUCAGUUCAAUCUUUUUUUUCUUUUUUAAAUAACCAGUCAAGCGUUCUCUUGCUUUUGUUUCUGUUUAAGAUCUGAAUUAAACUCU